GUUAAAGAGAGAGAGAGAGAGAUCCACUGCGGAGAUCUACUGCUGCAUGCUGAUUUGAGCGCGCGCAGGAUCCGGAGGAGCCAUGGAGAGACCGAGCGAGGGGGUCCGCAGCCCGUCCCGGAGAGGGGAGAGGGACCAGAGCUGGAUCCCGAAGUUGGUGAAGAAGCGAAUGUGCACAACGUUUGUGGAGGAUCCUCUCAGUAAUGGAGAGAAGUGUCAGUGUGGAGGUGCUCGUGAUCAUCACGGUUCUGAAGCCACAGGUGAUAAUUUUGGCGCUGCUAUCAUGACUCAGUGGGAUGCGACCAAACACACGUCUGAGUAUCCGACUGAUGCUUUUGGGGAGCUCAAGUUUGCUGGAAUCAGUCGCAGAGAUGGGCUUUUCCUGCGCUUGGCGUUCGACACUCCCGCGCAUCUCGUCUACAACAUCCUGACUAAAAACUGGGGUCUGCCGGCUCCCAACCUGGUGCUGUCGGUGGUGGGGGGCGUCGGCCAGGAGAAGGUCAGGAGUUGGGUACGAGAGGUGGUGAGACAGGGGCUGGUCCGAGCUGCACAGGGCACAGGAGCCUGGAUCGUGACAGGUGGGCUGAGGGAGGGCGUGGCCCGCUGUGUCGGGGAGGCGAUUAGGGAUCACGGAGCUGCGGCUACGGCACAAACCAAAGUGGUAGCCCUGGGUGUGGCCCCAUGGGGUCUGGUGAACAACCGCCAACAGCUCGUCAACCCAGAGGGCAGCUUCCCAGCCAAAUACUACGUUCAGAACUUGUCUCAGGACUCGUGUUACCUGGACAGUAACUAUCAGGCCUUCCUCCUGGUGGAUGAUGGGAGCAUCGGACACCGAGGUGGAGAGACGAGCUUCAUGACCAACCUGGAGGAAUACAUCUCUCAUCUGCGCACCGGGAUCUGGGGCAGUGGGAACAUCAACAUCCCCGUGCUGUGUCUGCUGAUUUCUGGAGAUGCGUCAGCGCUCAAGAGGAUGGAUGUCUCUCUGAAGAAGGACACGCCCUGGCUGGUGUUGGAGGGUUCGGGUCCUGCGGCGGACAUGAUCACGGAGCUGCUUAGUGACAUGAAUAGAUCGGCGUCCCCCGUGGACGGAGAGGGCAGAGACAUCUCUAACUCCGAGCUCAAAGAGCGAGCGCGAGAGCUCAUCAAGAAACAUUUUCCUUCUGAGAAAACGCAGGAGAAGCUGGUGGACCGAGCUCUGAGCAUCUGCCAGAACAGAUCUCUGAUCACGGUGUUUAACGGAGAGCAGGACAGUCCUGAUGAUUUCGACACGGUCAUCCUGAAAGCGCUGGUGCGAGCCAGUAAGAAGGCGAGCAGUGCCUCCAGUGAGUACACAGACGAACUGAAGUUGGCCGUGGCCUGGAACAGAGUGGAUAUUGCAAAAAGUGAGCUGUUCAAUGGCGACAUCCAGUGGAAGUAUGAUGAUCUGGAGGCCUCCAUGACGGACGCUCUGGUCAACGAUAAGCCUCAGUUUAUUCGUCUCUUCACCGAGAACGGUCUGAACAUCCUGGAGUAUCUGACGUACGAGCGUUUGGAGAGUCUGUACCAGUCUCUCCCCACCAGCACGCUGACAUACACGCUGCUGCAGACUUUGCUGAUGGACAGACGGAACCAGACGUCCUCCCAGCCCUGUUCGCCCGACUCAGCCCAAGGGAACGGCAAAACCCGGAAGAGACGCAUGACGGGGCCGUCGAGCGCCCGCGGGCUCAGUGUAUUAGAGGUUUCACGAUUAUUGGGGCACAUCUUCGGGGGCGUGUGCCAGCCGUUUUAUUACGAGCUGUUCGGGCUGGAGCGUGGAGUGGGCUCGAGGAAAGCCACAAGGCAAGUGAAUAAGUUUCUGCAGGGCGACUGUGCGUACCGUGGUCAGCAGGUUACCUUCCCCUGGUCCUCUCUUUUCAUCUGGGCCGUUCUGCAGAACCGCAGCGAGAUGGCCAUCUUAUUCUGGGAGAUGGCGGGCGAGUCUGUAAUGAGCGCGCUCAGUGCGUGUAAGAUUCUGCGAGAGCUGUCUAAGCUGGAAAACGAGACGGAGACCCAGCUGUCCAUGAAGGAACUGGCACAAAGGUUCGAGAACCUGGCACAUGACAUGUUUAGCGCCUGCUACCAGAGCGACGAGACCCGCUCCUUCACGCUGCUCAUAAGGAUGUCCCCAUUUUGGGGUAGAGCUACCUGUCUGCAGAUGGCCACAGCGGCCGAAGCCCGACUUUUUUUCAGCCAUGACGGUGUGCAGACUCUGCUGGCUCAGAUCUGGUGGGGAGACAUGAGCAGCCGCACUGAAGUCUGGAAACUCCUCCUCACAUUUUUCCUGCCUCCUCUCAUCUACACCAACCUCAUCACCUUCAAAGAGCAUCAGAACAGACAUGCAGAUGGUUUGGAAGGGUCUCACUCCUCACCGUUUACUCUGGCUGAGAUCACUGAACACACGGAAGAGGAAACUAAAGAAACUAAACUGAAGGAUGACACUCAAGGUGGAGACGGGGACAAUACUGAGGACGUGGAUCAGGGUGUAGCUCUCACUGAACUCGUAUCUCGAGAGGAGGAUCCAGAGGAAAGCCUUGCUUUAGUCAAAAAACGGGAACAGGGUUCUCAACCCAAACACCCAUACGUCGUAGAACGAUGGAGACAGUUCUGGUUCUCUCCCGUCACAUCGUUUCUAGGCAACGUGCUAAUGUACUUCCUCUUCCUCAUCCUGUUCGCUUACGUCCUAUUGGUCGAGUUCAAACCUCCGCCUCCGGUUGGCCCCGCCCCCAUCGAGUAUUUUUUGUACUUUUGGGUGUUUACUUUGGUCUGUGAGGAGAUUCGACAGUCGUUCGUCUCUGGCACGGGGAGUUUAUCUCAGAGUUUCAGCUUAUACAUCCAAGACAUGUGGAACAAGUGUGACCUCACGGCCAUCUUACUUUUCAUCCUUGGCCUCAUCUGCAGGAUGUUCCCGUGGUCGUAUGAGUUCGGGCGCUCGAUGCUGUGUGUGGACUUCAUGGUCUUCACUCUGCGACUCAUUCACAUCUUCGCCGUUAACAAACACCUCGGACCCAAAAUCAUCAUCGUCGGCAAAAUGGUGAAGGAUGUUUUCUUCUUCCUGUUCUUCCUGGGAGUCUGGCUAUUGGCUUACGGAGUGGCCAAUCAGGCGCUGAUAUACGCCUAUGACCCUCGACCCUACUGGGUAAUUCGCAGAGUGUUUUACAGACCGUACCUGCACAUCUUCGGCCAGAUACCACUGGAAGAAAUAGAUGCUCACAGGCGUACAGAGAAGAAGUGCACCAACAACAUGACUCUCAUCCAGCUGGGAGAUGAGCCGUGUCCACAGUCUGAAGCCAACUGGCUCGUCCUCAUCCUGCUGUCCAUCUACCUGCUGGUCACCAACGUCCUGCUGCUCAACCUGCUCAUCGCCAUGUUCAGCUACACGUUCAGUAAGGUACAGGAGCACAGUGAUGUUCACUGGAAGUUUCAGCGCUAUGACUUGAUAGUAGAGUACCACUCCCGCCCGUGCCUGGCUCCGCCCUUCAUCAUCAUCUCUCACCUGCAUCUCUUCAUCAAGAGAACAAUCCGCAAAGUUCCAUCUGUCAAAAUCAAACACUUCAUGCUGGAACUGGACAAAAGGAAGGGGAGCAGGUUGAACACGUGGGAGACGGUACAGAAGGAGCGUUUGCUCUCGACUCUGAGUAAGAAGCUCAGAGACAGCGACACCGAGCGACUCAAGCGCACGUCUGCCAAGGUGGACAACAUACUGAAGCAGGUGGCAGAGAUUCGAGAACAAGACCGCAGGUUGAGAAUGCUGGAGUCUGAGCUGGAGUACUGCUCUAGCUCCCUCUCCUGGAUAAUGGAAGAACUGUCACAGAGUGACGUAAUCAAACCCACCCGGAGCGCCCCCAUCCCCCGAGCAGGAACUUCCACCUGAGAGAACGGCGAAGUCUUUCAAACCGAAGGAGCUUCUGAAUUUUCGUCUGAACAUGUUAAAAGAUGUUAUUAUGAUAAUGAUGAUAAUGAUGAUGAUUCUCAUAUUUGUUUUGAUUGGCAUUUGAUCUUUCUAUUAGGUGUUUUUUACAUUUUUUUUCUAAAUAUAAAGAUCAGUAGCUUCUGCUGUGUGUGUGUAAGUUUAUUGGGUGAUGAGGUGCUUGGCCUUUCCCGGUGCCGUGGCUCGUGACCCCUCCCCGUCGUCUGAAGGCCGAUCAUUUGAUUCCAAGCCGUGGUCUCGUAGGAGCCUUACAUGGGAAGACUGGGGGCCAAACCAGGAUCAGGUUCUCGUCUUCACUGACUGCGGAUCAGAGAGACGCUGCUGCUUUCGAGAUCGCGGCUUUCUUUACCGCUAAAGAGUAACACGGGGGUUUUGCUCGAGUGCGUCUCAAUGCAAAGACUAUUCUUUUAGAAAUGAUUAUAUUCCUACCAAUAAUCCAAUUUAAAAUGAAUAGUUUCAUAGGUCUUCUGUUCUGUUUAACUUUUUUACAAAUCACAAAUUCCUCCACAAAUUAGUUCUGUUCAGUCAAACAUUCCAACGUCGUCACCAGUUUGGUUUAAUGUCGAACACACUGAGGUAUAUCAUGACACGGUUAUUCUUAUUAAAUGUCAUUUUUUCA